UCUCUCUCUCUCUCUCUCUCUCUGCAGGGACCGGAAGAGGCCACUUUCCUCAUCCCACGAGUAUUCAACUGUCGCUGCAUUCACCGCUUGUUGAAUUGUCUUAGUCUCUGAGCUUUUAGGAGGAAUUGGAGCAAAUUUGAAGCGGUUAGUGUAGCGGAUAUUGGUAGUUGUGUCGGCCGGGAUAGCAGAGUUUUUUUCGCUUCGGAAGAAAGCGAUGUCGGUAGCGUUGGAUCGUAGGUGGGAGUUGCAGCUGGUGGUUUGAUGGAAGCCACCGUCUUGAGUACUUGUGUGCCCUAUUGAUGGAGGUGAAGGCCUGGGGGGGAUGUGGGCUUGCAAUUCCGUCGAGAGUUCUUCUUUGGCUGGUCGCAAUACAGAUCGUUGCAUUAUUUUCCACUGGUACUGGGAGUCUGACUGUGAAAUCUGAGGGGAAUUUUGUUCAUUCACAAGGCUAUGAAACGGGAUCUUACCUGUCACAUUCGUGCAUACAUGAUGAAAUAUUGCAUCAGAGGAGGCGCCCUGGGCGCAAGGAGUACUCUAUCACCCCUCAGGUCUACGAGGAGUCUGAUUCAUCGAGAAGCCAAGGACACAGAGGAAGGGCAUUGCUUUCACUUUCAUCUCUGCCCUCACAGCCAAAGGAUUCAAUGCAUCCUAUUAGGAUAUAUUUAAACUAUGAUGCUGUUGGGCACUCCACAGAUAGAGAUUGCAGAUGUGUUGGGGACGUUGUGAAGCUUGGUGAACCUCCUGCUGCCUCGAUGCCUGGAAACCGUGCUUGUGAUCCUCAUGGGGAUCCACCAGUUUUUGUGGACUGCUGGUACAAUUGUACCAUUGAAGAUAUAGCUGGAGAGGAUAAGAAGCAGCGCCUACGUAAGGCACUUGAGAAAACUGCAGAUUGGUUCAAGCGAGCUCUAUCUGUUGAACCUGUAAAGGGGAAUUUGCGCCUGAGUGGAUAUUCUGCUUGUGGUCAAGAUGGAGGGGUGCAGCUUCCACAUGAGUACAUUGAGUAUGGUAUUGUUGAUGCAGACCUUGUUCUUUUGGUUACUACUCGACCAACUACUGGAAAUACCCUUGCUUGGGCAGUUGCUUGUGAGCGUGACCAAUGGGGCCGUGCAAUUGCUGGGCACGUGAAUGUUGCUCCACGCCAUUUAACCGCCGAAGCCGAAACUUUACUUUCAGCUACUUUAAUACAUGAGGUCAUGCAUGUUCUAGGGUUUGACCCUCAUGCUUUUGCACAUUUUCGUGAUGAAAAAAAAAGAAGGCAUAGUAAGGUUACCGUACAAGUUAUGGAUAAAAAGCUUGGUCGUAUGGUGACCCGUGUGGUCCUACCCCGUGUGGUUAUGCAUUCUAGACAUCACUAUGGAGCUUUCUCGGAAAACUUUACAGGCUUAGAGUUAGAAGAUGGAGGGGGGAAAGGGACUUCUGGGUCACAUUGGGAGAAAAGGCUAUUGAUGAAUGAGAUUAUGACAGGAUCAGUAGAUACUAGAUCAGUAGUGUCAAAAAUGACUUUGGCUUUAUUAGAAGAUAGUGGUUGGUAUCGAGCUAAUUACAGCAUGGCAGAUCAUCUUGGUUGGGGAAGAAAUCAGGGGACAGAGUUUGUUACCCUGCCUUGUAAUCUCUGGAAAGCGGCAUAUCAUUGCAACACCACACAAUUGUCAGGUUGUACAUAUAAUAGGGAGGCGGAAGGAUACUGUCCUAUUGUAAGCUACAGUGGAGAUUUGCCACAAUGGGCUCAGUAUUUUCCUCAGGCCAAUAAAGGUGGGCAAUCAUCAUUGGCCGACUAUUGCACAUACUUUGUAGCAUAUUCUGAUGGAUCUUGCACUGACACAAAUAGUGCACGUUCACCUGACAGAAUGCUGGGUGAGGUGCGAGCAAGUAACUCCAGGUGUAUGGCUUCAUCUCUUGUACGAACUGGAUUUGUGAGAGGAUCCAUGACUCAAGGGAAUGGUUGUUACCAACAUCGGUGCACCAAUAACACAUUAGAGGUUGCAGUUGAUGGGGUCUGGAAAGUAUGUCCUGAAGUGGGUGGUCCUAUCCAAUUUCCCGGUUUCAAUGGUGAACUGAUUUGCCCAGCCUAUCAUGAGCUGUGCAGUGCCAUUCCAGUUCCCGUUAAUGGACAGUGCCCAGCCUCUUGCAGUUUAAAUGGUGACUGUAUCAAUGGGAAAUGUUUCUGCUUUCUUGGUUUUUAUGGCCAUGAUUGCAGCAUGCAAUCCUGCCCAAACAAUUGCAGUGGUCAUGGGGCCUGCCAUUCAAAUGGCAUCUGUGCAUGUGAGAAUGGACGAACCGGGAUAGAUUGCUCCACCGCCAUCUGUGAUGAGCAAUGCAGCUUGCAUGGCGGUGUUUGUGACAAUGGCGUAUGCGAGUUCCGUUGCUCUGACUAUGCUGGUUAUACCUGCCAGAACAGCUCCAUGUUGCUACCUAGCCUCUCAAUUUGCAGUGAUGUGCUGGCCCGAGAUGGAUUUGAGCAACACUGUGCCCCCAGCGAACCAAGUAUAUUGCAACAACUUGAAGCAGCUGUGGUCAUGCCCAACUAUAAUCGUUUGAUGCCGGCUGGUCAAACCUUGCUAAGCAUCCUUGACAAUGGCUAUUGUGCCGCUGCUGCUAAGAGGCUAGCUUGCUGGAUAUCGAUCCAACGGUGUGACAAGGAUGGAGACAACCGGCUUAGAGUGUGCCACUCUGCGUGUAGAUCAUAUAACUCUGCUUGCGGAGCUGGCCUAGACUGCUCUGACCAAACCCUAUUUAGCAGCGAGGAGGAAGGGGUGGAGCAAUGCACUGGUUAUGGUGAAAUAAGGCCUUCAUGGGUGCGUCGCUUCAGAAACUUCUACUCCAGGAAUCAUAGUCGGUAGCUACUACAUCAGAAUUGUUUGUAGAGAAAUUAUGUUUCCAUUUUAUGUAUUUCUUUUGGUUUCUUUAUAUUUUUAUUUUGUAGUUUAUAGGGUAGAAAUCAGUCACGCCUGUAUUUCUGCGUGUUGAAUCGUAAGAUAUGAUCAUAGAUAGCGAGGCAGUGAAUCCUUAAAGAAGGAUUCCUGUGUGGGUGCUUGUGAUAGUUUGUUUUUGGGGUUUUCUCUAAGAUGAAGCCCGCUCUAAAGCUGAGAGUAAUUGUGAUACAGAAAUUCUGUAUUUUGUUGGUGGAAAGCAAGAAAUAUGUUAAUCCUUGUGUUCUUU